AUGAGAGCGGACGGGGAACCGAGCAACACCAAUGGUACUUCGAGGCCAUUCCCGAAUGGGUCGGGGCCAUACCCUCUGCACAAGGCUGCCGUGUCAAGCUCGACGAAUACAAAUGGCAAGCGAAGGUCCCCCGUGGCCAUGAACGGCUCGUCCAGCACAAACGGCUAUGCUAGUGCAAAUGGCAGGUCCAUUCUGCCAUAUUUCGGCCACGACCGGGAAGAGGUGACGAGGAUAAUCCUCCAGGCAUUAGGGGAUAUGGGAUACCACGGGGCGGCCGCAAGUUUGACCCAGGAAAGUGGCUAUGAACUGGAGAGUCCCGCAAUUGUAGCAUUUCGGAAUGCCGUCUUGCAGGGCGAGUGGACCGAGGCAGAGGAACUGCUCUUUGGCGAAACGGCAGAGGAAGACGGUAGCAGUACGAAUAGGAAUAGUCUGGCACUGCAAGAGGGUGUGGACCAGAAUAUCAUGCGGUUCUGGUUAAGGCAGCAGAAAUUCCUAGAGCUUUUAGAACAACGCGAUACCGGUCGGGCCCUGAUGGUCCUACGCUCGGAAUUGACGCCUCUAUAUCAAGAUAUCGGCAAGCUCCACUUCCUGUCGAGUCUAUUGAUGUGCCAAUCGACCGAGGAUCUCAAAGCAAAAGCAGACUGGGAUGGUGCAAAUGGCGGUUCGCGCCAUCACCUGCUCUCGGAGUUAGCAAGAUAUAUUUCUCCCUCAGUCAUGAUACCCGAACACCGUUUAGCAAUUCUUUUGCAACAAGUCAAGCAGCAUCAGAUCUCGAGCUGUCUAUAUCACAACACACCCACUUCACCGUCUUUAUACCAGGAUCAUACAUGUGACAGGAACGGGUUUCCACUACAGACAAUCCUCGAGCUCGGCGAGCAUGAUGGCGAAGUUUGGCAAGUGCAGUUCUCCAAUGAUGGGACACGACUAGCAAGUUGCGGGUCAGAUGGCAAUGUUCACAUCUACGACGUGCCAUCAUUCGAGCUACUCCACACUCUUGAAGGGCACGAGUCCGGCGUGUGUUCCCUUGCAUGGAGUCCAGACGAUUCGAUGAUGGUCACGUGUUCGCAAGACAGACGCGCCCGAUUAUGGGAUACCACUAGAGGUGAGAUCAAGCGGACGUUGAACCGUUUUGGAGAGCCGGUUAGCAGUUGUGCCUGGGCCCCGGAUGGACAGACAUUCGUCACAGGCUGCUUGGACAAAGAGCGCAACUUAUGCCAAUAUAGUCUAAGCGGUGACCUGAUAUACGACUGGCGCCGGAGUCACCGAAUACAGGACCUGGCAGUCUCACCAAAUGGCCACCGCCUGGUAGCGAUGGACAACGAAACCCAUAUCCACGUCUAUGAUUUUGUUACACGCGAACUGGAGUACGAGAUAGACAUGAAAGUCAAGAUGGGUUCUGUAAGCAUAAGUCAAAACUCGCGAUGGUUGCUAGUGGAACAGAAGGACGGAAAAGCUCGGAUAGUGGAUUUAGAUACUCGCGAACCCAUUCGCUAUUUUCAAUCCGGCGACAAGGGAUCAGAAUUCAUCAUCCGAGCUUCGUUUGGCGGUGCCAAUGAGAGCUUUGUGGUUAGUGGAAGUGAAGGUAUUACCGAGUCAUCCUUGAUUGAUAUGAAACCUAUGCUAAUGCACAUUUCAGAGGGUUCGAUAUUCAUCUGGCGUAGGGAGAAUGGCCAGCUAAUCGAGAAACUCGAGGGCCAUGGAAAGGGGUGCUGUAGUGCUGUUUCGUGGAAUCCUGUCAACCCUUGCAUGUUCGCCUCCGCGGGUGAUGAUUGCAAGGUUCGAAUAUGGUCAAACGAAGGCCCGCGCUCAAGGUCAUCAAAACCCCCACGACAAUCUAACGGCUCGCAUCCAGAAUCUAAUGGGUGGUUACAAUGA